GCAGGCGGCGGCAGAUGAUCCUUCCCGGUGCCGCAUGUCGUCGCGCGGCGGAGACAAAAGGCGACGGACCUGCCGCCCCUAAAAAACCAAACCAAAAAAUAACAAACUAAAACAUUUCCUACAACACAAUUCAACGCUGUAACUGUAGCUGGAUUGUUAAUCUGCUGGCGUGGCAAAUGGAGAAGAAAAGGUGGGAAUGCACAGCUCUGCCCAAGGGCUGGAAAAUGGAAGAAGUGACCAGAAAGUCGGGUUUGUCCGCUGGAAAAAGCGAUGUCUAUUAUUUUAGUCCAUCUGGGAAGAAGUUUCGGAGUAAGCCUCAGCUGGCUCGUUACCUUGGUAACCAGAUGGAUCUCAGCUCCUUUGAUUUCCGAACGGGGAAGAUGCUGAUGAGCAAGCUGAACAAAAACCGCCAGAGACUGCGCUAUGAUAACAACAACCAGAACAAGGGUAAACCUGACUUGAACACAUCACUCCCUGUUAGACAGACAGCAUCCAUCUUCAAGCAGCCAGUUACCAAAGUUACUAACCAUCCCAACAACAAAGUCAAGACUGACCCUCAGAAAGCUGUUGACCAGCCCAGACAGUUAUUUUGGGAGAAGAAGCUUAGUGGUCUUAAUGCUUAUGAUAUUGCAGAGGAGUUGGUGAAAACAAUGGAGCUGCCCAAAGGUCUGCAGGGUGUUGGUCCAGGCUACCCCGACAAAACUCUUCUGUCAGCUAUCGCCAGCGCGCUCCACACCAGCGCCGCUCCCAUCACCGGUCAGCUGUCUGCUGCUGUGGAGAAGAACCCGGGCGUGUGGCUCAACACGGCACAGCCGCUAUGCAAGGCCUUCAUCGUUACGGACGAGGACAUCAGGAAGCAGGAGGAGCUGGUGUACAGCGUGAGGAAAAGGCUGGAGGAGGCACUGAUGGCUGAUAUGCUGGCACACGUGGAGGAAGCUGCCAGUGAAGGAGAAGCUCUGAAGGAGGAGGGCAACAGUCAUGAAGACACAGAGAGUGUAUAGCACAGGUUUUUGUGAAAUCUGGAGUGAUUUUCGAAGCCCACACACACACGCACGAGUCCUGCAGCAGUCCACCGCUGAAGAGUUCUGCUCCCCCGUACAGCUAACUGACUCACACCAGUACAAACUUAAAAGAAAAGAUAACUGCCUUCCCUUGUUCCAAACACUGACCACGUGCCACACCCAUCACCCAUCCAUCCAUCCACCCGACCCCCACUGGAGGGGUCGCUUUGGAUUCAGCACUUGUCUAAUGAGGAACCACUUGGUUUUUGACCAAGAAAUCAGUUUUCCCUGAAUAAGAGAACUGCUUCAAAGAACUGUGGAAGGAUUAACUCGAGCCUUCAUUGUGCCAGAAUUACACUUUGAUGAUGAGUAAUUUCACUCGAAGGCUUCAAGUGGGUUUGCUCCCCCUCCCCCCACCCGACAAUCAUGUCACAUCGGAACAUUUUACAUGAACGUUUUCAGAACUCCAGUUUGGGUGGUUUUCUUUUUUGGGUUCAGUGGCAUAUUAGAAGCAAAUGUUUUGUCUGUGUGACGCGUCUCUUUCUUGAAAUGUGUGACGCUCUGAAGGUGGUGGGAUAACGUAUAAGAUAUAUAAAUUAAUUUGAAUUUGAACGCGCGCCUUCCCUGUGUGGUGAUAUCUCAGAGUCACAAGUCGAGAUGGACACACCAGUGGGACGCACUUCGUUGAGUCAUUGGAGGAAAAAUAAAAGUUUCUAUAAACUACAUGGGUGUAGGAACAAUUUUUAAAAAAUGCUGAGGACAAUUUUGGUCUAAUCACCCCCCCAUUCCCCCCCAUUUGUUGAGCCAUUAUUGUUUGAUUAAAACAAACUGGGUUCUGUUAUUUGCUGUAAAUUUGAGUUUUUGUGUGAUAAUAUAAUUAAAUGAGGUGCUCACUGAACCUAA